CUCGGCAGCGCUGGAGGAUCAGGGCAAUCGCAGUUCUUCCACUGACCGAGGGUGCGGAGCGGCCGAGCGCACAAAUCCCGUCCGUCGCUCCUCGCUCACGGGACGCCGUGGGAUGACAACUCACUGUGCUGCCAUGUGGUGCCUCGCUGCCCUCACCUCCGCCUUCCUGCUGCAAGCCGCCCCGCACGCUGCUGCCCUCUUUCUGCCCAAUCCGCCGGAGCUGCAGCGGCUAUUGAGCCGGCACCGAGCCGCCCCGGGGCAGAACCGCACUGUGGAUGCGACGCCAAGCAGGGGCCGACUUGCCAUCCGGUGGUCGGACCGUAAGGAGAUCCUCAAGCUCCACAACAAACUACGCGGGGGGGUGUACCCCACCGCCUCCAACAUGGAGUACAUGGUGUGGGAUGAUGAGCUGGAGCGGUCAGCUGCUCGCUGGGCGAGACAGUGUGUAUGGGAUCAUGGCCCCGCGGAGCUACUCCCGUCCAUUGGCCAGAACCUAGCGGUCCACUGGGGCAGGUACCGCUCCCCGGCCCAACACGUCCAAGCCUGGUACGAUGAGGUAAAAGAUUACACCUAUCCAUAUCGCCACGAGUGCAGACCCUUCUGUCCUGAUCGAUGCUCCGGCCCCAUGUGCACCCACUACACCCAGCUGGUCUGGGCCACCACGAGCAGGGUGGGGUGUGCAGUGCACGUGUGCCCCCGCAUGGACGUUUGGAGAGAGGUGUGGGAGAACGCGGUCUACCUCGUCUGCAACUACUCUCCAAAGGGGAACUGGAUUGGAGAAGCCCCUUACAAGCAUGGGCAGCCCUGUUCCCAGUGCCCCCCUGGUUAUGGUGGUGGCUGCCGGGUAAACCUCUGUCACAAAGACCCCUACUGCCCAGAAACAGAGGAUAUGAACGAGGUGGAAAAGCCCCAGGUGCUGGUGCAACCGCGCAGGGCCCCUGUCAAACCUGCUCCCACACAGAAGCUGAAACCUGCCCAGAAACUGAACCCAAUAAGGUCUUCCAUCCUGAAGCGGAGACCUGCGGCACACAAGCACUCUUCUCCGCAGAGGGCCUCUACAACUAAGAAGCCGUCCUCGCCCAAGCCUGCGUGGGGUGCCAUCCUAACUCAGAAUAUUGACUGUGCCACCAGGAUGCAAGACAGGUGCAAAGGAACAACAUGCAACAGGUACAAAUGUCCUGCCAACUGUCAGAACAAGAGAGGCAGGGUGUGGGGGACCAUCUUCUAUGACGUGCAAUCAAGCAUCUGUCGUGCUGCAUUGCACAGCGGGGCAAUAGAUUCCAGCGGUGGUCUCGUAGAUGUCACCCGGAAGGCCCAGCUCCCGUUCUUUGUCAAAGUAACAAAGAACGGAGUCAAAUCUUUCAGUAAAUACGAAGCUGGAUAUGCAUUUGCAGUAGCGAAAGUGAAAGAGCAGUCUGUAGAUUGCUACACCACCGUGGCUGAGAUCUGCCUGUUCAGGAAGCCAGCCUCCACCUGUCCAAGAGUUCUCUGCCCUUCCAACUGCAAGAACGAACCAUCCUACUGGGCCCCAGUGACUGGCAGCAGGAUCUACUCUGAUAGCUCCAGUAUCUGUCGGGCUGGAAUCCAUGCCGGAGUGAUCAAACCCAGCGGAGGCUAUGUGGAUGUUGUGCCCCUGGAGAAGAGGGAACGAUACACAGGAACUCUGAAAAAUGGAAUCCAGUCUGAAAGCAAGACAAACUCAGAAGGACAUUCCUUCCGUGUAUUUGCCGUGAGGGACUGACACAAUAAAUGACCACAUGCUCAAGUUCCUGCCCUCAGCACCACAAAUUUCCAGCAAUGGACCAUCAGAGGCAGCAAUUUGGACUCAGUGGAGACCCAUGUCAUCAUCCUCCCCGAGCUCAAAGGACCAGGAACAUCAGUGUCCCCGAGCUUACCUGUUUAAUUAAUAACGAGAACACAGAACUAUAACACAGCGCAGACUUUGAAAGGGCAUGUAAUACCUUAUGUCUAUAAAAUGUUAAUCUGUUCAUGUUGUGUGUCAUAUGAGAACUGAAUUUAAUGUGUUCCGUGAAUAUGUAUGUAUAACUGGGCCUGUUAUGUCUGAC